AUGGUUUAUUACUUUACUAGUGCUGUGGUUGAUCCACCAGCAAAGAUAUAUAUGGGCAAGGAUAAAGAAGAAAAUGAAGAAUUAAUAAAGUAUGGAUGGGAAGAAGAUUUUCACGUUCAUCCACAUUCAAGUGCUCAUGUAUAUCUUCGACUUCAAGAUAAACAAUCAUGGGAAAAUCUCUCUGCAGAACUUUUAAAUGAUUGUGGACAAUUGGUUAAAGAUAAUAGUAAAGAUGGUAGAAAAGAAAAAAGUGUCACAGUUGUAUAUACUCCAUGGUCAAAUCUGAUGAAGACUAGCAGAAUGGAAACUGGAGAAGUGUCUUUUCAUAACCAAAAAUUGGUAAAAAAAAUGAUAGUGGAUCAAAAGGACAAUAAAGUUAUCAAGAGAUUAGAAAAAACAAAAAUAGAAAGUUAUCCUGAUCUCAAUAAUGAAAAAUUAACUUGGGAAAAAGAAAAAAGGAGAUUAGAAAGAGAAGCAAAAAAUGCAAAAAAAAAAGAAGAACUUCGUUUAGAAUGGGAACGAAAAGAACUAGCAAACAAAAAUCCUUAUGAAUCAUUAUUUAAUGAUGCAGAUAUGCGUAGUAAUUAUCAAAAUGCAAAGGAUA